AAAUAAAAAACAGCUAUAAAUAGCCACUGCAAUUUACCAGUGUGAAACUAAACGACAAGCUGAUGGCUGGUAGUUCGCCGUUCCUCUUCAGCAAUGGCGUCGUUUCUAACUCCCCAAGCACUCCUUCAGUCUCCACCUUCCUCGAAUCAAAUCCAGGAGCUUACACGACCACAAGAACUCACAAUAAUGCUUCAUGUCUAUUGUUUUGGGAAUCACAUCUAAAGAGACUUUCCAAUUCCGCCAGAAUUCUCUUCAAUGCAAAUCCACAACUUUUCUUCAGGUUUUACAAGCCCACCUCGCAUUCAUUACAAUCGCCGCCACCGCCGAUAUGGAAUUCGGCGGUCAAGGCUCUGGUUAAUGAUUCGAUGAGGAAAGUGUUGCCAGUUGCAUUGACGGAGAGGAGAAAUGGAGAGGAAUUUGCAAUUACAGCUCUUGUUAGUGGGAAUUCGGAGAAAUUGAGUGAAAUUGAGAAUUUGAGCGGCGAAAAUAUGGCUCAAGUUCUUGAUGUGAGCGUACAUAUUGGAACUUACGUUCCUCCUGUGUUUGGUGUGAGAGGAAAUGGAGCAAGUUUAGCUGUGGUAGGCUAUGGGAGAGAUUUUGCAGAAGCUAAAUAUUCAGAUUGGGUAAGGCUAAGGAAGCCUCUGGAGAAUUUAAGGCCUCCUUCAGUGACUGAGCUUUUGUUGUCAAAUGAUGGUGAUCAAAUACUUGAAGGUUGUGUGACUAAUUUUUUUGUUGUUUGUCGUAAGGAAAACAAUGAUGUUAAGGAGGAAUACUUUCAUGGUGAUAAAGAUACAUGUCCUUUUGAGGUACAAACGGCCCCUAUUAGAGCAGGUGUUCUUCCUGGAAUCAUUCGCCAACUAGUGAUCGACGUGUGUUUAAGCAUGGGAAUCCCAGUGCGAGAAGUUGCACCAUCAUGGUCAAGGCAAGAAUUCUGGCAGGAGGCAUUUAUUACAAAUAGCUUGAGAAUAAUGCAGCAUGUUGAGAAAAUUCAAGUCCCACGUUCAUGGGAAUCAAUAGAACAAGAAACUCUAAAAGAGAUUUCUUGGGAGGUGAAGUCUUUUGGGGAGGAUCCUGGGAUGAUUACAGCAGCUAUCCAGAAAGAGAUUAUGGAGAAGGCAGGUCUUCAAGGGUAUCCCAUGCUCGCUUUGCAUGACAAAUGAAGGGCUGUAGCUUUUGGAACCACUUCAGUUGUUAAGGUGGAAAAAAGAAAUGGUGUGUUAUACUUGUUUUGUGCUGUGAAUCUGAAGAUUCGCCCCAAUGUUUUGCAGCUUUUUAAGCUUUUCAUGCUUCAUGGGCUCAAAAUGUACGAAUGGUUAUGACAUAAUGUUGAUGAUUAGAUUGUACAUGUGGGUUUUAGUUUUGCCAAAUUUUGCUCCCACAAAAUUUGAGAUGUUCGGAUUGAGAGGUUAAGGCUAUGUUUGGUUUGAAAUGUUUUGGAUGCUGAGAUUUUGAAUAAUCUAUGUAAUUUCUGUCUGGCACAAUAAAAAAGGAUACCCUUUAAUUUUGGUAA